ACCGUAGCUAUAAUGUAUGCCGAACGACUUUGUUGUGAUGGUUCAGCACUCCAGUGGAGUCUUUACGGCCUUUGACAUGGCAGCUGUAUUUCUUGUUAUGUUAUACGAAUAUUCUCCGCUUUUUUACAUCUCAGUCGUAUCUCUGUGUUUUGUAAUCACAGCAGCUAUGGUGCUGGGCUGGUUUAGUUUUGACGUGCCAGUAAUUUUACGCAGCUCCGACGACACAGACUCCAUCCCGAAUAUCCCUGAAAAGAGAAUGGUCGAGGUGAAAAAUCCAUUUGCUCUAGAGAUUGACAGCACAGCCUCUUCAGUGACAGGUGGAGUAAGUCUGAAGCCCAGAUGCCUGGAGAACUGUGUUCUUAGUUGUUACUGGGGCUGUACUGUUCAGGGCCUGGAGGCAGCACUACAGACUCAUCAGUUAAGCCAGAGGAUUAACACACCUCAGAGGUUCGAAGAAGCUCUGCGCUCCGAUUACCAGCAUUCACAGACCUUCUUGUAUCCUACACCAAAACAGCUGUUUGUGCUUAACUACAAGCUCAGUAUUGACAAGGAAGACACAGAGGAGAGGCACUGUCAGCUGCCUGCGGACUUGGGAAUAGCGGAUUUUGGGCAAUUGCCUCGGUCACGCUACCCCUUGUUGGCUUUGUUGACCCUGGCAGAGCCCGAAACAAGACAGCUGUAUGAAAUUGUUGCCAAUUUGACUGUGAUUCACAUUCCUGAUGAAAAAUACAGACUGUCAUCACGGAUUUUGUAUCAAUACAUUCUGACAGCACAGGGGCACAUGUAUGAUCUAAAGCAGCUCUUUAUGUCUGCGGACGGCAGGGACUGGUCCAGGGAGACGGAACCCGGGCCCAGCGGUGAGGAGGGGGAACAGGGGGAGGAAGCCGAGCGGGGGGUGGCGCGGGACUGCGUGGUCUGCCAGUGCGCCCCUGUGAACCGCGUGCUGCUGCCCUGCCGACACGCCUGCGUCUGCGACGCCUGUGUCGCGCGGUUCCGCCACUGCCCCAUGUGUCGCACCUUCGUGCUGGAGUCCUUUGCCCUUUCUCCCCGCCUCGCCACAGGCCAGCGAGAGGGAGCCGUGGCAGGACCCGGGCUGCUCGCUGACGGGCACAGCCUCCAGGACGAUGGUGGGGCAGCUUCAGCUGUCUCGGCGUAAUUUCACUUUAUUCUAAGGAAGAAUACAGCAAGAGAAUGGAUUUCUGAGAAAGAAAAUACGUCCCCAGUCCAUGCAGCUGUUUCUUUGGAUUCUGUGUAUCCCAUUCAAUGGGAAAAAAAGAGCACCGUAAGCUGAAAAUGUACUUCUUUUAAUGACCUCUCACAAAGAGGUUGUGCAGUGGAAUGGUGGUCGUAGGUGGUUUCUGGCCUGGAGCGCCUUCUGUGUGGAAAUCCGCAUUCUCCACAUGCCUGCAAGGGCUUUUUUCCAUAGUCCAAAAAUAUGCCAUCUAGGUCAAUAACCGUUUCUAAAUUUCCCCUCCACAUGUAUGCCUGAGAGCAUGUGAGUGUCCUGCCCAGGGUGUAUCCUGCCUCGUGCCCAUUGUCUGCUGGGUACGGCCGUCUCUCCACAGCUCUGUAUUGAAUCAAGCAUCUGCUGAAAAUGGAGGAAUGGAAUUCUCACAGAGAAGCUGGAGGACAUACAGGGAGACUAAUUUAUUAUGUUUUUACCCAUUUGUACAGCUGGCUGUUUUACUGGACCAAUUUCAAUGAAGUACCAUUCUCAAGGGUACGAAAGCAGUGUCUCUCCUGGGGUUUGAACCCCCCUCAAAGUGUUUUUGAACCACCUUCCAGUUACAAGUGUGCUCAUGUGGCUGCAGGAGUGCUUUUAAACUCUGCCUGUUGUGAACUAGGAUCUUUUUUUCUACAGUAUGCCAAUGGCAUAGAAACUGAUUUGUUACCAGUCUGUUUCUUAAUUGACAAAAUCUCCUAAGUCCCUUCAGCCACAGAAUAGAAAAUGUAUAUUAAUGAGCCCAAUUUAGCCUUACUGGAUGUAUUUAAAAAUAUAAGAUGUCAAAACAAAAUUAUAGAUAAAUGUGUUUUCAAAUGACCAGAUACAUCACUUGAAGAACAAAUCUUGCCAACACUGAAGUACCAUUUAAUACAAAGAAAGAUAAUCUAUGAUAAAAAUAGAAAUAAUAUCUUUCUAUUUAUGUAAAUUAUUAUAAAUAUAAUAUUUAUAUUGCUUUUUCUUUGUUCAACUGUAAUUUAUUAUUUAGCAAAUGAUUCAGAUCUUCACAAAAUCUAAUAUCUGACUGUAUUUCUGAGUUGUCAGUAUUAACAAAACCAAAAGAAAGCCCUGAACAAUCUUUUGCUUUCUAGAUUGUCAGUGUGACAUAAAUGAAGAUGAUCACUGGCAUGGGUGCCUGCAAUUUUUAAGCAUAAUAGCUGAAAAAAUAUCCAAACAUCAUGUUUGUGAGAAAAUGUUCCUGUUAUCACUUAAGCCACUUUAUGUUUUAUUUUGGGAAAGUUGUUAUGGUUGGAAUGUGUUAUUGUAAUUGUAAGCAAAAGUACAUUUUGAAAACUACAAAUAAAAGUCGAGGAUAGAAAGAAAGCCUAA